CGGGAGUUUGAGUUGCUCUGGAGCAAAGCACUGACUCGCUGCUGUCCACCAUGACUGUGAAACAUUUGGCCGCUGUCCUCGUUUCUCUGCUGUCCUUCAGCGCCGCCGCACCGACAACAGAUGAGUGCAGCCGCCUGAACCGGACCCUGUCGGCUGAAGACCUCGAACAGAUCCUUGGCCGCUGGAUCUUGAUUGAGGGGACAGACAAAAACAACUUCUUUGGGCCUGUGUUGGACAGCAUCGAAAGCAUGUGGAUGGUGCUGAAUAGGACAGCAGACAGCCAGACCUUGAAUUUAGAUCAGGCAAACGGCGUGGCAGCACAACAGCAGCCUAUACCAACGAAAGCACGGUGCCUCCGAGUCGCCAUGAAUGUUACCCUGGUCAGUGGCGAAGACCUGGAGUUUUACAUCCCAGUUGCUGCAACCUACCACAGGUUCCUGCACUCCUGCUCUGACUGUCUGCUCAUGCACAGCUACAACAAAGAAAACAACUACCAGAUGUUCUACUUGUUUGCCAGGAAUCCAGCUGUGGCAGCCUCGGAUUUGGACACCUUCAGGAAACAAGCUGAAUGCCUCCAGUUUUCACUGCCGCCGAAGUUUCAGUACGACACCAGCAAAGAACUGUGUCCUGAGUAGAGGAUGAAGCCACGAAGCAGCUACCAAAGGUCUGACUAAAAAGUGGAUCAGACAGCUGCAGCUGAUCCAGAACGCUGCUGC